AUGCGCAGCCCCGAAUCUGACCCGGACUUCUCAGAACGAGUCAGCAAGAGGCGACGCAUUUCCUCCCCGACGCGGGAAGGCUCAUAUACAACCAUGAGCACCGCGAUGCCUACCAUCGAGCUCACUCCGCUUGAGAACACCCUACGAACCCUACUCCUCGAUGUCGCACAAUACAUCACCGAGAAAAAAACCGCCGCAGGAGGCGUCACUCUGGCAGAUCCCUCCGGGACUGUCUUGCGCUUCACAGGUGGGUGGGUCAGGGACAAAUUGCUCGGAGUCGAAAGCCAUGAUAUCGACGUGGGCAUCAGCAACAUGACGGGAUACCAGUUCGGUAUGGCCCUGAAAGACUACCUCGAUGUUCCGGAGCACCUUGAAAUAUACAAGAAAAGCCUUCCGAAUGGAGAAAUGAACGACGCCAUUGUGAGCCUCCACAAAAUCGAGGCUAACCCGGAGAAAUCAAAGCACCUCGAGACCGUCACAACCAAGAUCUUCGGCCUGGAUAUUGAUUUGGUCAAUCUACGAAAGGAAACAUACACAGAUGACAGUCGAAAUCCUCAGAUGGAGUUCGGCACCGCUGUCGAAGACGCUCUGAGACGCGAUGCGACUAUCAAUGCGCUUUUCUACAAUCUUAAUGACUCACGGCUGGAGGAUCUCACUGAGAGGGGACUAGAGGACAUGAGAAAGAAGACUAUUCGAUGCCCAAUGGAGCCAUACCAAACCUUCAAAGAUGACCCACUCCGGGUGCUUCGAUUGAUCCGCUUUGCGAGCAGACUGGGGUACCAAAUCGACCCCGAAACUGAAGCCGCUAUGAAGAUUGAAGAUAUCCGCGAGGCAUUGAAGCUCAAAAUCAGUAAAGAGCGAGUGGGAACCGAGCUGGAAAAGAUGUUGCGCGGCCCCGACCCUCGUGGUGCAUUGGAGCUCAUCGAUCGGCUCCAACUGUUCCCCACUAUCUUGGCUAAUCAUCAGGACGAUGUCAAGGCUGAUACAUCGACAUGGCCCCUUGCCUACAAUACUAUGGCACGAUUACUACACCCAGAGGCUGGUGACAGCGAAGAGGUUCAGGCAGUCACUAAGCGCGUUCGUGAUAUCCUAUUCCGUGACGAAACCACCAUAUACUACGCCUGGAUUAUUGCAACUUUUGCUCCCUGGACUUCGAUUUCCGGUCGUAGCGGGAAAGGAUCCAAACCCUUGCCCCCGCGAGCUGUUGAAGUUGGGAGAGAUAGCCUUCGAACUGACAACAAGACCCUCAAUGCAAUUCGGGCUGCUGCUCUGCAUUACAAAGAAACAAUUGCGACCAAAAAUGCACUUCUCGCCAAGGAAAUGAGUGGCACACCAGCGGAAAUUCGACAGCGCGUUGGGUUGCAAAUCCGGUCAUGGAAUAAGGACUGGAAACUUUGCAUUCUCCUGGCUAUCAUGCAAGAAGCUAUGGCGUUCCGUGACUUCGCAGAAGUCAUCCGUGAAUAUGAUCAGUUCCUUGCGUACAUUGUAGAAAGCGACCUGGAGGAUGUUUGUGAGCUCAAGCCCAUCGUAAACGGCGAUGAAAUUAUGAAGAGUCUAGGGGCCAAAAAGGGACCUUGGAUGUCCAAGGCAGUUAAUAUGGCCAUGGAAUGGCAACUUCUUCAUCCUGAUAUUACCGAGAAGGAAAAGGUGCUAGAAGAGAUCGCGGAAGCCCGUGAGGCUCUCGUGCAGAGUCCUGGCAAAAUGCCAAUCGGUUUCUUCCCCGCCGUUGCAGCUGCGUCCAAAAGUGACUUGGCUCAAUUAUGGCAAGAUGUUUCUUCUUAUGAUCACUCAACGCAUUCGAAUAUCUGUGAGAGUCUCGUUACUGUAACCAGUUACAUCGACUACUGGGAUGGCAUGCUGCCAAAUGAUCAAGGCCCGCGACCUUUGAAACCAGCAGAGGCCAAAGCUGUGAACAAUUUGUUCGAAUGGGCCAGUGCUACAGCUUUACCUUCAUCGGAUUUUGCCGUUGAUUUUGAUGAGACUGCCGAGAUUUCAGACGAUAUUAUCAAAGCUCAGAAUGAAAGUCGGUUUAGAUCUGAGCUGGCUCUAGAGCUGCUUCUGGUUCUAAACAAGCCCCUAGCAGGGCUGCCAAAUGGCAAGCCAGACAAUGCGGCAGACAUCCUUCUCGCGGGGGCAUGUUUCGCCAAUGAGCAAAACCCAUGGGCCACAUCAGAGAGCUACAAUGCGGCAUCGAUGCUCAUGAGCGUUUGGGUUCAGGACACUCGUCGUGCCAAUACCUUCUGGCCUGCUAUCGACUUCAUCCUCAGGGACAGGAUUAGGCCACUUUUUGCAAAGACAAAAAAUCCCGCCAUCACCAGUGCUGGCCGCAAGAACUUCCAUCCACAAGCUCUACCUCGCUUUGACCUAGAACCACCCGCAAAGCCUUGGAAGACCACCGGUGUCUACGUCGCAGCUGUGCUGUCAUGGAUCCUUUCCCAGUACCAACCCGAGGACAAGACACACUUCGAAGCACACUUCCAGCUUUUCGUGCCCACUAUCCUAGCAAUGGUUGACGACAACAACCUCCCAUUCAAAACAAAAGGCUGUGCCCUACUUACUCAGUUACUACAACCAAUCCAAAAAAGCGACUCGGACAUUCUCAGACGAACAAACCUCACCUCCGUCUUCGAAGACGCCGUCACGCCGUGUCUUCUAUCCCUACCAUCCAUCACACCCGAGGAUAGAUCCCUCGACAUACUAGGAGAAGCAUACCCAGCCCUCCUUUCCACCCUCAAAACCGCCUACAAGGGUCCCGCCCAAUCCGAAAAGGAUAAAGAAGCCUACACCACCCGCCUCGCCAAAAUCCUCCGAUCAAACCUCAUCUCCUCCUUCCACCACGUCAGCUCCGGCACUCCAGCCGCAGGUUCAACCGCAUCCUUCCCACACCCCCGUCUCUCAACAUUUCUCCUAGAAAAGAUAACAAUCGUCAUCAACGAGCUGGGGAUCCACACUACAAAGUACCUCCAAGAACUCAUCCCAGUCCUCUACACCACAUUAUCAAACCCCUUCGGAACAGCACAUCCUCCACUCCUGUUAGCUGCGGCUACUGCCACACAGGCGGUGAUCAAGAACGCACACCCACGGAUCUGGCGCUGGCGCGGUGAGAUCUUGAGUGGGUUGAGUUCAUGCUGGCUCCAUAUUGCCGAGGAUAGCAAGGAUUCCGCUGAGUUGGCUAAGUUGAAGCGCGAGUUGCAAACUACGCUUCGAGUUUUGAAGCUUGUUUUGCUGAAUCCGGUUGCUAUUGCGGAUGUCGCAGAGCCAGAACAGAUGCAGGUGAAGGAAAAUGUGGAGAAGGAGUUCCAGGAGCUUGUUGAUGCGGAUGCAGAGCUAAGUGGUCUCUUUGAUAUUUAG